CCCAAGCCAAGAGCAUUCAUCACACAAGCUCAUCACUCUUCCCAAUUCAGACAACCCAACCACAUCUCGCUAGCUAGCAAUGGCGCCUAUGUCAACCAUGACCAACAAGGCCCUGGUGCUCCUCCUGCUGGCCCUCCUCCCUCUCGGCACCCUCGGCUCCCGCUCCGGCCCGUCCGCGCACCACGGCCACGCCGGCCACGGCCCCAAGCACUCGUCGCCUCCGUCGUCUCCUACACCGGCGUCGCCCGCCCCCGCCGCGUCACCCACCGCCGCCACGCUGGUGCGCUCCACCUGCAACUCCACGACCUACUACGACCUGUGCGUGUCCGCGCUGGGCGCCGACCCGUCCAGCGCCACGGCCGACGUGCGCGGCCUCUCCUCCAUCGCCGUCUCGGCCGCCGCCAUCAACGCCUCCGGUGGCGCCGCCACGGCCGCGGCGCUCGCCAACGGCACCGCCGCGGCGUCGAACGCGCAGGCGGCCCCGGCCACCGCCGACGCCACCGUGCAGGCGCUGCUCCGGACCUGCGCCGCCAAGUACGGCCAGGCCCGCGACGCGCUGAGCGCCGCCAGGGAGUCCAUCGCGGCGCAGGACUACGACUUCGCGAACGUGCACGUGAGCGCCGCCGCCGAGUACCCGCAGGUGUGCAAGGCGCUGUUCCGGCGGCAGAGGCCCGGGCAGUACCCGGCGGAGCUGGUGGCCAGGGAGGAGGCGCUCAGGCAGCUCUGCUCCGUCGCGAACGACAUCAUCGCCCUCCUCUCCAACAGCAUCAGCUAGCUGGUCUCGACCGAUCUCCAUGCGACCUUGAUCCAUCCAUCUUGCAAGUGAUAAAGAUCUUCACGCCGACGACCAUACGCGAAGGCAGCAGCUAGCUCUAGCGUGAUGAGUACGUACUCCAGUAGUCUACUAGUGAGUCUACAUACGUGUAAUGACACGAGUCUACUUCACUUGUUAACUGUAUGUACACGUACCUGCCUACAUACUCCAGUGUUGAGUUGAUCAAUCAAUACUUGAUGCCACGUUGAAUUUUGUUAAUCAUAAAAAACGUCUUUGUGACCAA